AUGGUUCUACUUAAUCUUGGAAGUAGUACAUUUUAUCACUGAACAUUGUUAGAAGCUUUAUCAAAAGUCUAUCUCAAUACCUUAAUCCAAAAAGUAUUUUCAUGGCAAGCAACCCAAACAUACAAGGUUUCAGUUAUACACGAAGUUUAAUUCCAGUAUUUGAUGGUGAGACUGAGAGCUAUGAUUAUUGGAGUCUACAGAUGAAGACGUUGUUUAUUUCGAAAGACCUACUGGAUUUUGUAGAAAAUGGUUAUGCAGAACCCGAAUCGGCAGCAGAUAUGCGGACUAAAGCAAAACAAAAAGAGUACAAAAAGAAUAGGAAGAAAGAUGCCAAGGCACUAUUGUAUCUACAACAAGGGGUAAGCAAGGAUAUUUUUCGACUGAUUUCAGAGGUUAAAAAUUCUAAAGAGGCUUGAGAUAUUCUCAGAGAAGAAUUCCAAGGAUCAGAAAAGGUAAUCUCUAUCAAACUUCAAAAUUUAUGGCCAGAUUGUGAUAAUUUACUUAUGAAGUUAAGAAAAUGAAACUAUCUUUAUAUCAUAAGUUCUAAAUCCCUUACACUUUCACAUUUGCGCUAACAAUCAACGAGGAUCAACACAUGACUUUGAUGAGCUAUGUAUAACUGUAUAUUUGUAGUAAAACUCCUUGCUAUAUGUGUGUGUGUAUAUAUAUCCAUCAUACUUUCUCAGAUGUAACCUACAUAAACAUAUGUUCAGAAGGGGGACAUGGACAAAACGAAGGACUGCGCUCCCUCAACAGAUCUGAUCAGUAAAUACCUACCUUUGUAUAAAGCAGCAAAGGAAGGUGAUUGGAAGAAGGCUAAGAAUUUUAUUGAUAACAAUGAUAAGGAUGGCAAGGAUACUGCAGUGACCGCACGAAUAACAGUCUCCAACGACACGGCUUUGCAUAUAGCUGCAGCUGAAGGACACUCCGAUUUUGUGGAGGAACUUGUGAAACUUAUGACCAGUGAACAACUUGAAUUAAAAAACUUUGAUAAUGAAACAGCACUUCAACUUGCCGCUGUAGCUGGAAACAUCAUAUCUAUAAAAGCAAUGGUGGGAAAGAACCCAGCUUUGGUGAACAUGCGUGAUAGGUAUGGCUGCAUUCCUCUGCUAAAUGUUACUAAUUGUGCUCCUUCAAAUGAUCAAAAGAAGGACAUGAUCCAGUAUCUCUACCGUGUCAUGAUAGAGCAUCCCGGUAAACCGAGUCUUUUCUCUGGUGAUUUGGGUCGUCAAAUAAUAUGCAGUAUAAUUGGAGAUGGUUUCUUUGAUAUUGCUCACCAUAUGAUCGAUAAGUAUCCAAAAUUGACUAUUGAACAAGACCCUAAGGGAAAGGGUCCCUGUGCAUUAGAAAUGAUGGUAACAAGCGAUGCAUUUCUAAGUAGAAAUCAGCUGACAUUUUGGGAUCGUUUCAUCAGCUCAUUGUAUUUUGCUUCCUCUCCUGGGACACUACUCAAUGGAGACGUGGAGAAUCCUCCAGAAGAGACUUCUAGGGAUAAUACUUCAACAAGAGUUUCAGCAUGGCAAUGGAUGCGUAAAGUUAUCUGGAAAGUUGCAAAACAUACAACCAAAGGACACAAACUACUCAAAGAAAAGGUGAUGCAUGAGGAAGCUGUAAAACUGAUGAAGUUCAUAAUCAAAAUUAUGAAAAAUUCUUUGAAGGAACCCCCAGAGAUUAUAGAAUUUUUCAAAGCUACAAACAUAUUAUUCACGGCAAUAGAUUUCGGAGCCGCAGAACUUGUAAAAGAGUGUCUACAAGCUUUUCCUUGUGUCACUUGGGUUGAGGAUAGCCAGGGAAGAGGUAUAUUUUACCAUGCAGUAAAAGUACGACAUGAAAAGAUUUUCAAACUCUUAUAUGGCAUUACUGGGUUUAAAAAUAAGUUUGCUGCCUCAGUGGACAUAUAUGACAACACGAUCUUGCAUAUGGCUGCAUGGCCAGUACUUGCGUCUCCAUUCGAAAGGCCAGUUUCUUGUAUUGUUUUGAGGCUGCAGCGAGAGCUUCAAUGGUUCAAGGAGGUAGAAAGUCUUGUUCCACCAGCACACAGGAUACGGAGAAACGAUGCGGACAGGACUGCGCAAGAUUUAUUUGAAUAUGAACACAGAGAAUUAUUUUCUCAGGGAGAGAAAUGGAUAAAGGACAUAUCUCAGUCAUGCUCCUUUGUAACUGCACUAAUUGCUACAGUUGUUUUCACAGCAACUUUUACAGCACCAGGUGGAUAUAAUAACAGCGGCGUCCCAAUAUUUUUGCACGAAAACUCAUUCAUAGUGUUUGCUGUAGCAAACGCCAUGGCUCUAUUCUCUUCGACUUUAUCACUUCUUACGUUCUUAGCUCUCCUAACUUCAGAAUACCAGCAUGAUGAUUUCCUAAAAGCUAUCCCAAAAAAAUUGGUGCUAGGACUUGUAACUCUCUUCAUCUCAGUAAUUGCAAUGAUGGUCGCGUUCUCUGCUACACUUUGCAUUGUUCUUGGACCCAGAUACACAUGGCUUCCGAUUCCUGUGAUGCUGGUUGCGCCCAUCCCUGUGGGUUUGUUUUUAUGGUCUUAUGUUCCACUGUUUUGCAAUAUGGUUUAUUGUGCAUUUGGGCACAGCAUCUUCCAUUGAAAUCAGGCAUAUAAUCACAAGUUUGUUCUCCUCUUUUUACCCUUUUACGUCUGUACUUCUUUUAUAGUCCUUGUGUUGAAUUUGAUUAAUCCUCUUACUAUCUGUAAAUGUGAGAAUGUAAGUGUGCAAAACACAUACUCCCUCCUUCCCUAAAUAAUUGAUUUAUUCAUUUUUAAA